AAAGGAAGAAAUUUAGGUUUUAAAAAAUUAAAUAAUUAUUAAAUAUAUUGUUGAGCGAUUACAUUGGUGCCUUUUGUCCUACACAUUACAAAAAUUGGAAGGCAGUGCCCCAACAGUUCAAGGAUCAAGUGCUUGCAAGAGCUCGGUUUUACUAUAAAAUUGACGAGAAUCCUGAUGCUGAACAAAUAUUGAGCUGUCUCGACACCGAGUGUGCUAAUAGAUACAGAACAAAGAAAACUAGUCGACAUGUGCAUUUCAAACGUUUUUAUACAAAACCUGAGGAUUACGAGGAAGCGCUAAAACAUCAUCCGAUUGAUAUGACUCCGGAACAAUGGCGACAACAGUGUGAAUUUUUUACAAGCCCAGCUUUUCUUGCCCGAUCACAACAAAACAAGAUAAAUCGAGGAAAUAUGAAAUAUGUUACAACACAAGGAACAAAAUCCUUAGCUCAGAGGCGUCAUGAAUUAGUAAGUUUAAAUAUAAUUGUAGUUUUUUUUUUUUUUGAAAGAGAAAUAUAAUUGUAGUUAAGAUAUAUUAAAUUGUAUAAUCUCUAACGUUUACUUCAUAAACUAUAGGAGAAACCGGAUUACGUCAGCACAUGGAUGGAAGUCCAUCUAAAAAAAGAUAAGCAAUUUGUUAAUGAAUAUGCAAGACAAGAUUAUGUAAGUCUUUGUCACUUGAUUUUUAUAUUUUCCCAAUAUUAGUUUCAUAUUGUUCUAAUUUUUUGAUUUCAUAUAGGAGCGGUUGCAAGCAAUUCAAGCAGCUCGUUCUCAGAUAGAUACUGAUUCUGGGUCAUCACCUGAUCAAGUCAGCAUAUUCGAAGAGGCGUUCGGUCAGAGGCGGGGUCACGUUCGUGGAACUGGUCGCAGAGUGAAGGGUAAAUCUUCAAGUAGUCGUGCCCAAUCCACCCAAUCACAGCCACCUUCACAAGAUUGGGUAAAUGACAUGAGUGUGAUGUUUAAUCUCUUUUCAUCUCAAAUGGACCCAUCAAAUAUGGACCCUGCAAAGCUAGCAAUGUUUAAUAUGCUUAAGAGUAAAUAUUCCACUCUAGCACCUCAACCGUCUCAGACACACAUGGAUCAAGGUUCCCCUGCACAUUCUCAACAUUCAGCGGCAUCAUCUGACAUGCAUACAUCUUCGACAUCACAGCCUCAGCAUCUAGUACCGCCGCUCUCGCAGCCAUUGCCACAACCAUCACACCCUCCACCGCCUUACCCUUACAUGUAUGGACCACCGUAUCCAUUCAUGUACGGAGGAAUUUCGCAGCAACAUCCUUCUGCUUUCUUUCCAGGUUCGACUAAUAUGGCUGGAUCAUCACAGCAACCUUCGUCGUCACAGCAGGCUCAGCCAGUCUACCCAUAUCAAUGGAUGAUGGGGGCAUCAACAUCUCAGCCGCUACAACCACCACAUACAUCACAGCCGGUACAACCACCUCAGACAUCACAGCCGCUACAACAACCUCAGACGUCACAACGCCAGCCAUCGAGUCUUCCAGAGUUCGAUGAGAACGAGAGAUCACAUGACUUUUUAUCUCAGUUGUAGAACUAAAAGGCUACUAUUAUAUUUUUUUUUUGUGAGAACUAUUAUAAUGUUAGUUUCUUUUCUAAGUUGUUUUAGUUACUAAAAUUUGUAAGAACAAUUUAAUUUUAUUAUGUUAUUGUGCUACUUAUUAAUGAAGUAAUUUUAAUUUAUUAAUUAUUAUUUUUAAUUUUAUUUGUUAUUAUAAUUAUUUUUAAUAAAAUAAAAAUUAAUAUUUUAAAUAAUAUAAAUUAUAUAUUUUUUUAAUAUAAAAACCUUUAGGGGCGACAAUGUUGCCCCUAAAAGUCAAAUAAAACAACUCUGACAAUACCUUUUAGGGGCGACAUUUUAUGUAUUAGGGGCGACAUUGUCGCCUCUAAAAGUCAAAAACAGGAAUUCGUGUUUUCUCUUUAGGGGCGACAGUGUCGCCCCAAUUGUCAGGCGACUUUUUUGUCGCCCCUAAUGGUACUUUUAGGCGCAAACUUUCAGAGGCGACUUAUUAGGGGCGACAUGUCGCCUCUAAAAUACAUUAGGGGCGAUUUAUAGUUGUUUUAGGGGCGACUUUUGUCGCCCCUAAUAAAUUAAUUUGUUG